CUUUAUUUAAUUUCCAAUAUUCUCUCACUGCUUCCCUCCAUUCUAUCUGAACUAUAAUUUCCCUCGCUUCCCUCGUUUUCUGCUCUCCGCCUUUUUAACCUUCUCUCUCCCUCCCUUCUCCUCCGCCUCUACGAACUUGCAGAUCCUUGAUAGAAACCCUAGUCCGGCGGUCUUCGCUUUGCUGAUCGGCAUCGGUUGAAGCAGAACUUGAGAUUUUAUCCAGAUCGCCGCCGCCCUUAGAUCGCACUAGAAACCUACUGGAAACGAGGGUUUUAGCUUGGGUUGCGCCUGCGCUCGGAUCUUCAGCUUGCUGCUGUAAGAUCGGGGGUUUCUGUUAGAAUCUGGCGGAGAAUCUGUUUGGUCUACAUGUCCGGCGGCCGAGGAGCGGGAAACCGACCUACGCAGCCGCCGGCGCAGAUCUUCCAUCCACUGAAACAUAACCUUCCGUUCUCGUCAUCGAGACCUCCUUUUGUUUCCCCUGAUGAGUACCAUCGAUUCUCGCCGGCGAGAAAUCACCGUGAUGCCACUGCUGAGGUCGCGGAGGCCAUUGUCAUUAAGACUCCAUUAAAAAGAAAAGCUGUUCAUGAUGAUAAUGAUGUUGCCGAAUCAGCUGAGUGGAUUAAUAGCCCUGGACAAGCUGAAGUAGAUAGCAAUUCCCUCUUGACACCAGUCUCAGGGAAAGGAGGAAGGAACUAUGGUAGAUCCAAAGUUGCUAAGUUCUAUAAAUCUGUACCUCAGACUCCCAUGUCAAAUACUGGUUCUCCUUCUAACAAUCUUCUAACGCCUGCUACUACUUGCCGCUAUGACAGCUCUUUAGGCCUGUUGACAAAGAAAUUUAUUAAUUUGCUUAAGACUGCACAGGAUGGAAUUCUUGAUCUUAACAAAGCUGCUGAAACUUUAGAGGUGCAAAAGAGGCGCAUAUACGACAUAACAAAUGUUUUAGAAGGGAUUGGCCUUAUCGAGAAGAAACUUAAAAACAGAAUACGUUGGAAGGGACUUGAUGACUUGAGGUCAGGUGAUUUUGAAGAUGGUGUUUCAGUUUUACAAUCUGAAGUCGAGAAGCUUGGUUUGCAAGAGCGCAACUUAGAUGCUCAUAUUAGUGAAAUGCAACAACAAAUAAGGGAACUGAGUGAAAAUGAAAAUAGUUCAAAGUGGCUUUAUGUGACUGAAGAUGACAUCAAGAGCUUGCCCUGUUUUCAUAAUGAAACACUUAUUGCAAUAAAAGCACCUCAUGGCACUACCCUUGAAGUUCCGGAUCCUGAUGAGGCUGGCGAGUAUCCCCAGAGAAGAUAUAGAAUUGUCCUUAGAAGCACCAUGGGCGCAAUAGAUGUUUACUUGGUCAGUCAAUUUGAGGAGAAAUUUGAGGAGAUGAAUGCUGUUAAUACAAUGGCUCAGCUUCCAGCUGCAUCAAAUCCAGAAUUUCUAGAGAAUUCUGCAUUGCAAAUGGUCCCAGAGCAUAGCCAACACCAUGAAAUAGAGCAUGAACUCCACGAAUCCAAUAGCAUGAAUAAUGAUUUGAAUGCACAACAGGAUUGCAUGGGAGGGAUGAUGAAGAUUGUUCCAUCUGAUGUUGAUACGGAUGCCGACUACUGGCUACUAUCAGAGACCGGCGUCAGCAUCACAGAUAUGUGGAGCACCCCAUCUGAACAAUGGGACGGAAAUCCUGACGAUUUCAUAAAUGUUACCGUUAGCACCCCCCGCCCAGAAACCCCAGCUGGUGUUGCCGAACCUCCUAACUUGAUCAACGACCAAAGAUCAACUUCGGUAAAUCAACAAAACUAAACAGCUUAAAUAUAACUAUCUGCUCUCUUUUAGUUGGAAAGCAGCAAAGAGAUCUGUGGCUGUGGAAAUCAGAAGUUCCAGAAUCUUCCAGGGAGGUGAUUGAAAGGUGUAAAUCAGGUUAGAAAGUAUUAUCCCACUUCCACUGUUGAUGCCAAUUUUCUUCUAUUCUGCUAGGUUUCAAUAAUUUCUACAUUAGUUUAUUCAAGUAAAUUCUAUAUUCUUCUUACUUUGGUGGUUAGAGGAGAUUUUUGAUAUUGAAAUUAGAACGGGGGUGGUUGUGAUAUGUAAAUUAUUAAAUCUGGAAUGCGAGGGGACAAAACUUAGCUAGAUAUUUAUAAAUGUCCAAUGCAAAAUUGUUAUCUGUGGAACUCAACCAACAUUGUAUACCAUGAAUUUUUAAUCAGGCAUUCCUUCUAUUCUUAUUGUUAA